AUGGCAAAUCCGCAAUUUUAUUAUUUCUACGCACCAACAUGGGAUUAUCCGCCUGAAGGUCCCAUCAAAUUGGGCAAUGUCAUUACCUCUAUUAAAAAGCCACAUAUCAGUCUUGCCAAUAUAGUGCCAUCGCAAGACAUAGGAGUCUUUAAGACUGAGAAAAAGAGUGUUCAGUAUACACAGGAGAAGUUGAUUAGUGGGAGCUUUUCUAUCUUAACUCGAUUUCUAAGUAUUCUGGGAUUUGGUGUUGAUGUUAGUGCUGAAGUCAGAAAAAGUAAUAAGGAAUCCUUUAUUUUUGAUACACUUGAAACUACUCAAUUCAUCCCGACACCAGGCUAUCUUCAGCAAUGUCUUGAUCGCGAGUCAGUUCGCCGCUGGCUCGAAUUGAGUAAUUACCGCAAGCCGAUUUAUAUCAUAACCGGGCUAAAGGUUGUCACUGGCGCUGAAGCUAACACAAUCAGAUCCCGCACUGUCGGUGGUAUUGUGUCUGCCGAGGUAGACGGUACAGUAUGGAGCGGUGGAACCGCCUCUAUCGGCAUUGGACCAGGUAUCGAAGGAGAGGUUGGCGAAAAGCGAGAAACGAGGUGGGCCGAUGGAAAUUUCGUCUUUGCUUUUCGUGUAAGCAAGAUACAUAUAAAGAAGACUGGGGAUAUUAUCAAAGAGGAGGAAUUUACUCGCGGAGCUUUUCUGGAUUGUAACGACCUUAAGCCUAGAGAAGGCACACCCAACAUUAUAAGUAUAGUGGAUAUGGACAUAGAGUCUGAAGGGUUCUAUAGAGAGGUAUUAGUAGAAGGGGGUGAGAAGGUAUUUAUAGCAAUUUUAAGGAAGUAA